UUUUCACCAUGAGUGUCAUAUAAAAUAAUUAUAGGGAUCUCGUUGUCGCGAUCUCCUGGCAAGAGCAUCCACUGAUCCUCCAAAGAACCGCCAGUGUGGACUUUUAUAUACUUUGACCUCGUCAGGAUAUCUAUUGCCUUCCGAAUAACACUAACUUUUCGUUUAUUCUGUGCUUUUUAUUUCUAUCAUAUUUCGACUAUCAAGGUUACACGACGUACUACCCACGCCCAAAAUGUGGUUUCAUGUAGCAGAACCCAACUCCUACCUCGUCAUUACUGGCGCUGGUAUCUCCAAAGUCAAGUUGGAGAAAAAAGCUUUGGUGUUGCCUUUCCAGAAGGUCUCCAAGAUCUCUAUCACACCAUUUGACUUCUCGAUGUCACUCCACGCCAUGACUGUCGAAAAACUGCGGUUCUCGCUACCGGCAGUUUUCACCAUCGGUCCGGAUGACAGUGUAGAGUCUUUGACUAAAUACGCGGUGCUUCUGACUGGACAAUCCGAUGGUCGCCCUACUCCUGCGGCGUCAAAAGGCGCUGUUACUCCAGGCAGUAAUCACGUCCAGGACAUCGUAAAGGGCAUCAUCGAGGGAGAGACUCGAAGUAUAGUCUCAACUAUGACCAUGGAAGAGUUGUUCCGUGAGCGCAAAGUCUUCAAGCAAAAGGUUAUCGAGAGUGUGCAGGUCGAACUUUCUCAAUUCGGACUUCGUAUCUACAACGCAAACGUCAAGGAGCUUCAAGAUACCCCUGGGUCCGAGUACUUUGCCUACCUUUCCCGCAAAGCCCACGAAGGUGCCCUCAAUCAAGCCAAGAUCGAUGUCGCUCACGCUCGUAUGAUGGGUGAGGUUGGUGAAGCAGAGAAGCAAGGCAAGACCAAGCAAGAGGUUGCCAAAAUUCAUGCCGCUACCGCCGUUCUCGAGACCGAGCGCAAAGCCGAAAAAGCCAGUGCAGAUGCCAAACUUACUGAUAAGGAGAUUACGAUCGAAAAGGAACUCAGUCUUGCACGCAUAAAUGCCAAGCGUGCCGCUGAACAACGCGAUAUUGACCUGCAGAAAGACGUCGAGAAGAAGCGUGCCGACAUGGAACUGGAGCGUCUCCGCGCGACUACCGUCACUAAAGCCAAAAUUGCCCGUGAGUCCGAACAACAAAAGGCCGACGCGGACCUUUACACCAAAGAACGCCAGGCCGACGCCGUUCAAUAUCAGCAAGAAGUCGACGCUAAGGCGACACUUUUCCGCGAAACAAAGAACGCCGAGGCCAACUUUAUCGUUACGCAAAAGGAUGCCGACGCAGCUUUCUAUGCCAAAAAACAGCAGGCCGAAGCCGACUUUUACACUCGCGAACGUGCCGCCGAGGCCAACUUUAUUUCGGCGAAGAAGGAAGCCGACGGGCUGCGCGAGAUGGCGAGUGCGUACACGGAGCUCGCUACAGCAUUCGGUGGACCUCAAGGUGUACUGCAGUACAUGAUGUUGCAAAAUGGCACGUACGAGAAGCUAGCGCACGAAAAUGCGAAUGCAAUCCGUGGGAUGCAGCCGAAGAUCAAUGUGUGGAACACGGGUGCUCAGGGAGGUGAGGGCGCAGAUGCGAUGGCACCGAUCCGGAAUCUGUUUCAAACACUGCCGCCAUUAUUGAGCACAAUCAAUGACCAGACGGGCAUCACGCCGCCAAGUUGGUUGGCAGGGAUGCCGGCACAGGGACAACAGCUGCAGCAUGGAGACGAGCAGAUGGUGAAGAAGACGAAGAUUGCUAAUGGUGCACGUUGAGAGACAUGAUGCGACCAUCAAUCCGAUAUGAAGCAUAUGCAUUGGUCUGAGAUAUCAUUCUUUUUCACUCUCCUUACGUUGGCCGUAUACCCAGUCAUAUCUCAUUUAUCUCUUUUCGUAUGCAGUAUAUUACUUUACGUGCUAGAUUGGUUAUUUUCAAGCAUCAAUACGAAACACA